AUGGCGUGGUACUCCCUUCUCCCGUCCCACUUGACCGCCUACGAAACAUGGAUCGUGCGUGCAUUUCUGAUUCUGGCGAUCAUCAACAUCGCCCCUUGGCUCCUCGCCAUCCUCUACGACGUCUUGUACUACAUCUGCCGCCGGAUGUGGCAUGAAGUGCCCGUUUGGGGUGGACGGGCCAGAGGGGAACAUCGACCACGAGCACCCAGUCUUCGCGAUAGGCCGAGGAGGAUGAGUUUUCGAGAUCUGGUGACCGGCGGCAUCGGGUUGGGCGUGGGUCGGGAAGAGCAGGACGGCGACCUAGGGAACGAAAAGAGCAAGGACCAAAAGGGACACAGGAGAGGUUUGAGUGCGGAGAGUAUAGAAGAAGAGAUGGACGAUCAGAUGGAAGAUGGGGAUCAGCGCAAGGCGUGA